UCACUGGACAUGCUAGUGCAAAAAGCUCUGCUUAAAUUUCCGAGAGUUGGCGCUGUCUCUGUCCAUGUCCCUAGAUAUUCAAGGCCAAUGUUUUUGUGGCUUACUUCCGCUUUGCUUUUCGUCCUACACGCGUCAAUGUCAGCAGUACUCGGAGAGAGAAAGCGCAUGCGCGGAAAAGCAAACAAAUCGGAAGCAGGACACCUGUUGCUAUGAAAAGUUGCCUUGAAUACCCAACAUAUGUACAUAGGUCAGGGCCCAGUUUGAUUCAAGUCAAGGGCAGCUUACUCAUGUUGCCGAUGCUCCGUAUCCUUGAUUUAUUUUCAAGCUGCAAGACUUGCAUAUUUAUUUGGCUACAGACGGCUUUGAAGUGUCUGAUGAAGAAUAUUUCAAUAGUUUGCCAGCACAGACCCUAUUUAUCGUGGCUGGACCCGAUGCAGUUAUCACAACAGAUGCUGACUUUGAGUUUGAAAAAAUGCGACAACAGUCGCCGUUGUUGAAGGUAGCAGACAUAUUCUAUGAUUUUGUUGAGCAACAUCCGGACAAGUUUCGACGCAUGAUUUCGGAGUAUGAGCAUCAGAAGCAGCGACGUGCUUUGGACAACACCAAGGCACACUUGAGUCUGAAGGCCGAGCACGUUGAAUGGUUUGAGGGCAGCGAGGAGCGUUUUCAAUCCAAGGAGGAGGCCAUGGCCAUGAGGGCACAGACACGUGUGCGUGGUUAUUACUACAAGACGAAGGAGGAGCUGACGCGAAAUCAACUGUACAGACAAAACGCCAAGGCACGACAAGUGAUCAAUUCUGUGCUGGAACAGUUUCGUUAUCUACUCAUUGGUUGCGAUUAUUUCUCCAUGAUAUUUAAUCGGAAGUGCCAUCAAAAGCACGAGAUGGUGCUACAGCAUAUGGGAGAGGAAGAAACCGAUGCAGCUGGAGUACCUAAUAAGCGAUUGCGACAACUCAUAAAAGAAUAUACCACGCGACAUGCUAUACUGGAUGAAUGGUCUGUUUCAUUAUGCACGGAGCUGGGCGAUUUCUAUUGCCAGGGUGCCUAUUCGGACAAUGGCAAUUGCUGCACCCUGCAGCACACUAUCAAUCCAUACGCAUCUCGGGAGAAUCUUAUAUUGUUUCAAGUGUGGAAUCUUGAUCAUCAAAUUGAGCUAUGUCGAUCGAUCUUGCCCUCUUUGGUGGCCAAUGUCCACGAAUUGGUAACACAGCCGCAUCGCAAGUGUGCUCUACAUAACAAACGCGUUGUGGACAUCUCCGUUUUGGAAUACUUCUUGGAGAUAUUCUCGCUAAAGAACCUUAAGCUAGUCCAUAUUGUAUGCCAUGAUAAGGUACAACGUUCAAAUCGCUCCAAUGGUCGUCUCCUUUGCGCAGACUGCCAUGAGUAUCGUAUUGUACAGGAACUCAUGGGUUUAGAAACUCCAGAUAUAUCUUCCUAGGGAAAUAUGUCGAAAUUAGUCCGUUAAAGCAAUACUAUAUACAAUAACGAUUAUAUAUACUCUUAUAUACAUUUAUGCUAACUGCUUUAACGAGGCUUAGACCUUAAAAUGUGUGUCAAGUAAUGCUGUGUGUACAAAAUAUAAUUUAAACUGGUCUGAAAUAAGUAAACUCAAAGUUAAAUUGUACAAAUAUUAAAUAUCAGUUAGCUAUCGAAAUUUAAUAUUGAAAACAUUUACAUAUAUAAUGAAUUGAAAAUUUUCAUAUUUAUGCAUUUAAUAUAUGGUAAAUGUGGAUCUGCAUACCAUUUAAAACUAUUAUACAUACUGGAUUAAUAUAUAGCUUUAAAUAUUGUUAAUUAUAGAGAGCGUAGUUGUGUUUUGAACAGGUAUUUUUGCCGUUGCUUUGUUCAACAUGUCCAUUUUAGGGGGAAAAAAAUAUAUAUACAUAAUAGAAGAUGACUUCAUACUAGAAACACACAGAGACUUGAGUGUUCAAAUACUAUAAUCUGUGCAUUUCAGUCUUGUAUAGCAAUCCUAUAUAUAGGAUAAUAAUUAACCGAGUUUCGAAUUUAACUUGAAAUAUAUCUGGCUUUAUUUAAGUGCAAUAUACAAACAUAUUCUAUUAUACUACUAUUAAACUGUAAUUUUUAAUGUACAUACAAAUGUACAUACCCAAUUGUUUGGUUUUUUGCUACACUCGGCUUCUCUGUACCUCAAACUAUGAAAAUAAUAAGAAAUUUUUGACUUACAAA